AUAAUUUUAUCACCCUCAAAUUUUAUUCUGAUUUUUUUCUUUUCAUCAUUAUUUCUUCUAGUCUAAGUGAAGAUUCAAAGAAUCAAAAUUUUUAACAACCCGUGUUGUUUACUUUACAGCCUUUUCCUCUGUUUUUUCUUUGUCUUCAUUCCCUGCCAAAAUAUUCACACAUUCUUCAUUUAAAUUUUGAUCUUUGCAUAUCAUCAAAUUCAAAUUACAACCCACUUCUAAAAAUGCAAAAUUUAAGAUGGGUUCUGAAGCUUUUGCUGAUUCUUUCAUUAUUUGGGCAAUUGUCCAAAUCCCAAAAUCAUGAAACUGUUAGCUCAAAUUGUAAUGCAGCUGAUAGAGCUGCACUUCUUAGCUUCAAAUCAAAAAUAAUCAAGGAUACUACGGGAAUACUCGAGUCGUGGACCGGCUCCGAUUGCUGCGGAGGAAGCUGGGAAGGUGUUGAAUGUAAUCCAUCAAUAGGAAGAGUUACUGCAUUACAACUGCAGAAGCCUUCUGACAGUGACAGUAUCAGUGAUGCUAUUUUCAUGGCAGGAACAUUGUCACCUGAUUUAGGUAACUUGCAGUUUCUAGAAGUUUUAGUGAUCAGUGGAAUGAAACACAUUACAGGAAACAUUCCUGAUACAAUCUCCAACUUAAGACACUUAUCACAGCUUGUCCUAGAGGGGAAUUCGUUUGUGGGGCCCAUUCCUUCCGGCCUCGGCCGCCUGUCAUCCCUUAAAACACUCAUGUUAGACGGUAACCGUCUUAGAGGUCAAUUGCCAACUAGUUUAGGAAAUCUCAAGGGUCUCCUACAACUAAACUUAGGAAAAAACUUGCUUUCUGGUCCCAUCCCACCUACUUUUAAAAACCUUCAGGGUUUGCAGUUUCUUGAUCUUAGCAGAAACUUACUGUCGGGUGUAAUUCCUGAAUUCAUCGGGCAGUUUCGUAAUCUGACUUUCGUCGAGCUUUCUAAUAACCUGCUUUCCGGUCCAAUACCGGUAUCAUUCUGCAGUCUUACUGCACUUUCAGAUGUUUCUCUGAGUGGUAACCAGCUCACAGGAAAAAUUCCUGACAAAAUUGGUGGUCUGAAGUCACUUACUAGUCUUUCCCUCAGUAAUAAUCAUCUUACAGGUCAAAUUCCUGAGUCUCUUGCUAGUUUAAAGAACUUAUGGUACUUGAAUUUAUCAAGCAAUGCACUCCAAAAUCCUUUGCCAACUUCUUUUGCCAAAGGUUUAGGAUUGCCUUCUUUGCUGUCAAUUGAUUUUUCCUACAACAAACUCAGUUUAGGGACAGUUCCUAACUGGAUUAGAACCAGAAAACUGACUGCUGUUCAUUUAGCUGGCUGUGAUCUUAAAGGAACUCUUCCUACUUUCAUUACACCUACCUCUUUAACCUCUAUUGAUUUCUCCAAUAAUCAUUUCAUAGGUGGUUUAUCAACUAUUUUAGCAAAAAUGUCAAACUUACAGUUUCUGAAGAUAUCCAAAAACCAACUCAAGUUUGAUGUUUCUAGCAUUGUCUUACCUAGGGGGAUAUCAUCUAUUGAUCUCAGCUCGAACCAGCUCUUCGGACCGCUUUCGGCUUUCAUCAAUAACCACACAACCAGCUUCCUAGAGGUUAUUGAUGUCUCAAGGAACAUAAUUUCAGGCCCUAUUCCUGAGUUCAGAGAAGGGCUGUCAUUGAAAGUUUUAAACAUUGGGAGUAACAAGAUUACAGGACAUAUACCAAACUCAAUCUCAAACUUAGUUGAGUUACAAAGAUUUGAUAUACGUCGUAAUCAAAUCUCCGGUACCAUUCCCUCGAGUUUAGGACUACUUGUGAAGCUACAAUGGCUAGAGUUGUCUAUCAACCGCCUCACCGGAACCAUUCCAAACAGCUUGCUUGGAAUUGUUAACCUGAGGCAUGCUAAUUUCAGGGCAAACAGAUUAUGUGGAGAAAUACCACAAGGCAGACCAUUCAAUAUAUUUCCUGUUGUAGCUUAUGCACACAAUCAAUGUUUGUGUGGAAAACCCCUGCUUCCUUGCAAGAAGAAGAAGAACCCACCUCAAACGGGCCAGUAAAACUAGCUGACUCUUCUUGAUUGAUAAGAUACUCAAAUAUGAUUUCCAUUUAUAUUGCCAACGUUAUGCUUUUCAUGUGUCAGAGUAUUUAUUUAUAUUCUUUCCUUGAUAUGUUUGCCUCACAAACAUCCUACAUUGUACUUUCAUUAUAUUAUAAAACUAUCUAUAUUUUUAUGUUCAAAAUGUUCGGUUGCAUAGAAGCCAACUCUAUUAGGCUAACUGUUACUUAUGUUUCAAAUUUUUUGACCACUUAAUUAACUUUUUUCAUUCCAUAUAAUAUGUCAUUUAUAGAACAUACUUGUAUAUGCUACGAAGUACUGUAUUAUUUUACUUGUCUGCUUCAUAUCAAUUCAUUUAUAAUAUGUCUUAAAGAUGCUUUGUAGUUGCAUAUGUGACUAAUGUUAUUUAUCUGACUAAUCUGAACCAACAAAAGUUGCUGAUGUAAUACAAAUAUGACAAAUAAGUUGGAACUCAUUUAUCUGACUAAUCUGAAUCUACAUAAGUUAACACUACUACAAAAUAUGGAUAAAGAACCAAUGAUAAGAAACCACAAUUAUUAAAUAAGGGGUUCCUUAAUAAAAGAAACCUAUUUUCUCUAAUAAGGGGUUUCUUAUACACACUUAAUGUGAUAACUAAUUUUUAUGAAAAGAGGUUUUUCAUACAGAAUAUCAAUCUAAAACUAUUUCUAACCCACCUUUAAAUUAAAAAAAUAAAAAAUAAAAAACCUAUUUCUAACCCUAUUAUCAUACCAGUUAUCUUCCAUUCACCCCUAUGAACCACACCCGCCCCCACCCAUUCACUCAUCUCUCUUCUCCCUCUCUUACAGUUCUAAUCUCUCUUCCAUUGAAACGUCCUCUAGCUCUCAUUGAAGCGGAUCUCGAGCUUUAUAGGUAAAUGUGUUGAGCACUCAUAGUUUAAUGGCAGAAGAAACUGGUUCCCAGCCAGCUAACUGUGUUAAUCCUGCAACAAGAACACAUUCAAUCGGCUUAAAGUGAAAAUUUUUAUUCAACAAAGGACGGUUGGAGCUUUAUUAAUUUUGUUUGGAGACAAAUAUAAUUUCUUUAGAGGUUUUAGAAGAUCAGUUAUUGUAAAUGUUGUUGAUUGUGUUUAGAAUUUUACAGUUAUAUUAAUAUUAUGUAAAAGAAUUUUACAUAUUUGUGCAUCAAUAUUAUAUGGAGUAAGGAGCUUGAAAAUCAAA